AUGACAUUACUUUUUUCUUUCUUUCUUUUCUUUCUUCAUCACUUUACUUUCUUUUCUUUUCUUUCUUUCUUCAUCACUUUAUUUUCUCUUAUUUCUUUCUUUCUUUAUCACUUUACUUUCUUCUCUUUCUUUCUUUUCUCUUUCUUUCUUCUUCACUUAACUUCCUUUUCUUUCUUUUUUCAUCACUUUACUUUCUCUUCUUUUCUUUCUGUCUUCUCCCCUUUACUUUCUUUUCUUUCUUUCUUCAUCACUUUACUUUCUUUCUUUUUUACUCAAGAGUUUUCCUUUUUUGCUUUAGACACAUUCAUUUUGUUUCCUGUUUCAUCUAGACAUUCGCUUUUCUUUCUUUUAUGUUCCUUUCUUUCUUUUUUUCUUUCUCUCUUUCUACCAUCGUUUUUUUUCUUUUCAUUGCGUCUUUCAUUCCGUCUUUCUUUUUCUUUUUUCUUUCUUUUUGUAUCACUUUACUUUCUGUUUUCUUCUUCAAAAGUUUUUAUAUUACUUUUAUCUUUAUACUCAUUCCUUUUAUUUCCUUGUUCAUCUUGA